AAAUCCUUCAAAAAAAACAUGAUAAAUAAUAAAAUUUUAAUUUCAUUAUUUUCCCUAUAAAUCAUUCGAAAAUACAAACGUAUCCAUAAUCACAAAAUUCACAAUCUCACACAAACUAAAACCAUGGCAAUAAAACUCACCACCAUGAUGACAACCCUUACAUUCCUCCUACUCCUUACUACCACCAUUUUCGCCACAACCUUGGCCGCCACGCAACCAGUCUCCGCCGUUUACGUUUUCGGGGACUCGACGGUGGACCCCGGAAACAACAACUACAUCCGAACGGCACUUUUCCGGGCAAACCACCAGCCCUAUGGGGAGGACUUCCCUGAAAAAGUACCAACCGGCCGGUUCUCUGAUGGUCGUAUUGCACCAGAUUAUAUAGCUAAAUCUCUCGGUUUAAAAGACCUUAUCCCGGCUUACUUAAACCGUUCCGUAUCAGACAGUGAACUUCUAACCGGGGUUAGUUUUGCCUCUGCUGGGUCCGGUUUAGAUGAUCUAACGGUUGAUUUUACUCAUGCGCUUGAUCUAACGGCCCAGAUGAGAAACUUUGAGGAAGCUGUAAAGAGAAUGGAGAGAUAUGCGGGUCAAGCUCAAACAAAUUGGACCGUAGAAAAUGCCAUGUUUUUAAUAUCGGUCGGGUCGAAUGAUAUGCUGAUUAAUUAUUUUGAUUUACCUACUCGAGCUUUGACAAACUCUCCCUCUAGUUACUCGGAUUUUCUUAUUUCUAGGCUUCAAUCUUUUAUACAGUCAGUUUACAAGGUAGGAGCAAGAAAGUUGGCGGUGGCGGGUCUUCCGCCAUUAGGGUGCUUACCAAUCCAAGUAAGUGUUGGAAGCAUAUUUCCUAGCCUGCAUUGGUUGCAACGAGUUUGUGUUGAUCAACAAAAUUCAGAUGCUGUAGUCUACAACGAGAAGCUUCAAUCCCUUGUCAAUUGGUUGCAAUCUCAAUACCCCAACGCCAGAUUUGCCUAUGCCGAUAUUUACAAUCCCCUGUUCGAUAUGAUUACCCGCCCUCACUCUUAUGGAUUUCAGAGGACACUAGAAGGAUGUUGUGGUACAGGAAUCCUGGAAUCAGGCAGUCUAUGCAAUACAGCGGUAUUAACUUGCCCUAAUCCUGCAACUUAUGUUUUCUGGGAUUCAAUUCAUCCUACACAGGCUGCACACAAUCUUCUUGCCAAUGCAUUGACUGACAAUGUGAUUCCUAAGCUACUUAAUUAAAUACUCUUGUUAAUUAACACGUACGCACAGGAUCGACAAUACGGAGUAGUGAUUAAUCAUACAGAUCGAUGUUUAGAUAAUAGCUAGCUUCUUAGACAUACUUAUACAUAGAUAUAGUCUGAUCAUGUACUAGUAGUAUCCUAUAUGUAUACUACGCGCGUACAUGCAUAAUUAUUGGUAAGAGUAGGAUAAUGCCGAAAAUGAUAAACGUAAUGUAGUACGAAAAUGAUAAAGGUC